GAAACGUUGUAACGGAUGUGCGUCAGAUGGCGCUUGAGUUUGUCAGUCAUAACGCAAUUCGAGUCGACACUCUACCACCAGGCAAGGACAUCAGCAGAACAGAUUCAGGCAGUGUUGAUGAUGGCAGUAGACUGGGCUGGUUAUGGAUACGCAGCACUAGUAGCAUCUGGAGGAGUCAUAGGAUAUGUCAAAGCAGGCAGUGUGCCGUCCCUGGCUGCAGGACUACUCUUUGGGGGUUUGGCUGGAUUCGGUGCUUACCAGACAUCACAAGAUCCAAAAAAUAUUUGGGUGUCUUUAGCUGCAUCCGGAACACUUACUGCUGUCAUGGGGAAGAGAUUCUAUAACUCACGCAAAAUCAUUCCAGCUGGUCUCAUCGCUGGAGCGAGUGUCCUGAUGCUGGCAAAACUUGGAGCCGGAAUGUUACAGAAACCUCAGCAAUCAUGAUCCAUUCAGAAAUCACCAUCUACUUUCAUUCAAGUGUAAUCAUUCUUGCUGAACAACAUGUAAUUACAGCUCUUAGUCCUUAUAAGUAUUUUGUAUAAAAUGUACAAUAAAAAACAUUGUUGUAAGGUGAAUUUCUGAAUUAAAGACUCGUGUUAAAAACAUGCCCAUUUUAUGCUUAUAAAAUACUUAGAAAACAUCAUAUAUUGAUUUGACUUCGGUCCAACCCAAUAAAUGCUGUCUACAUUA